AAAACGAGGACCGCUCUCAUUACUCUGAAGGCAGGCGUUACUGUCGAGGACCUUCCGCGCCAGGUGCGAAUGGCUGGGGGGAUGACACUUGUGGUGGCGCCAGGCCGCGCGCCUCUCUGCAUCAGGUGCCAUCGCACUGGCCAUAUUUGUCGAGAGUGCCGGGUACCCCGCUGCAACCAGUGCCGCCGGUUUGGCCAUGAGACUGACCGGUGCGUGCGGACAUACGCGGCUGUCGCUGAGCCCGUGAGAGAAGAAGAAACAUCAAAGUUUCUCAUGGACAAACUGUACGCCAGGGAAGCGGAGGCCACUAGGGAAGAAGUCCCUGGAACGGCGCCAGAAGUGACUACAGAUGUUAAAGAAGGGGCCUCCGGUGAAGUCCACCAGAGACUACCUGAAAUUGUGAACUUAACCUUUGGUGCACCCGGCGGUGAUGACAGCGAGGGCACUGAAGCCGUCGAGUUCGAGAAAUUACCGAUCUGCACAGACACCGAGGAAAAUGCGGACAUCCCAAUGGCCAACGCUGGCGCCCAGGCACCUAAAAGGUCAAGGGAAACCGAGCAUGUCGCGGAAGGCGCCCCCAAAUAG